AUGGCGGAUGAAGACUUCCUGCGCUACUUGCGGGAGAUAAGCGGCGAGGAUGCGGCCGUCUGGGACGGCUUCGACCCCUCUUCGUGGCGACAUGCUCUCGAGGAGUCCGCAGUCGAGGGACUUGAAGGAGCCGAAUCGGCGGACGGCGCGAGCUCUCCUCUUCAAGAUCUUGCAUACUCCUCGGAUGACUCGGCCGAGAUGAUUCUAAAUUACCACAAGCUGACGGCCGCUGAGAGGGCCCGCCAAAAUCACGGCGUCUCCAAGCUCAGCAAGGCGCGCCAGUUAGCGUCCGAGGAGGUGGCGUUUCCGCACAAGCUCGCCGAGUUAGAGGCCGUCAAGUGGGAGGAAACGGGCCUUGGCUUGGGUGGCCGGUCCGCCGACGGAGAGCUCUUCGUACCGUGGCCGCUCGUUGAGAGUUACCCUGACAUGUUUGUCGGGAAGGCCAACAGUGUUCGUGCUGCGCCCCUGUUUACGCUUGACGCUCUGCACGAGAAGCGCGUCUGGGACCUCUACUACAUACAUUGCCCUGAGGAUAUGCAGAUGGACCCUGUUAUUUUCGUCCCAACUUAUCAGUUUCAGCAUCUCCUGGACGUGAUCAACGCCAAGCUGGAGACCCGAUUCACGAUACCGCCCGGCAGCAACAAAGAGAGAUUCAUGAUGUCUUUCGGCACCGAAAAGAGCCCUCUUCCGCGCUUUCUGGGUCGCUCGGACAGCGCCCAAACGUUCAAGGCUCUGUGUGGGGCGAUCCCGGAACCCCAUCCAGAUGACGAUUUGAGCAAGGUACCUCAGCUCGGCGUUGAGGAGUUUAGGAAGCUCCUGAAACGGACCCGCGCGGACAGAAAGAAGGCCAAGAGGUCCGACAGGAACCGCUUAAAGCGUAUCGAAGCCCACAAGGCAUGGGGGCGGUCCAUCAAGCGAGUUCAGCGCUAUCUUGGUCUGCGAGCCAGGGCGGGUGACGGCAUGGCCGCCAGACUCACCGAGUCUGAUUUCAGCAGGCUUAUCAUUAACGAGCCAGAACAGUUCGUGCUGUUCGUGGCCAUAGACAUCGAGGCUUGGGAGCAAGAUCAGAACCUCAUCACCGAAAUUGGCAUCGCCGUGCUCGACACCACCGAGGUCAAGGACAUUGCACCCGGCGAAGGCUGCCAGAAUUGGUUUCCGCUCAUCGAAGCUCGCCACAUCCGCGUCAAGGAGAAUUCAUGGGCCACCAACUCGCGCUUCGUUCGUGGCUGUGCCGACCACUUUAGCUUCGGAACAACCGAGUUUGUCCGGGAAUCUGAUAUUGCGCAGCUCUUAAAAGGCGUAAUCGACGACGCAACCUUCGUCGACCGGGUCGACGGGACGAAGAAGCCCCGACCCGUUGUCCUCGUCUUCCACGAGUCGUCGUCCGAUAUCAAAUACCUCAAAUCCGUGUCGUACUACGUCGAGGCCGCGCGAAACGUCAUCGAGGUGAUCGACACGCGCACGAUGCACCAGCACCUGGUCCGCAGCAACGACUCGGCCAGCCUGGCGAAUGUGCUGGGCCACCUGGGCAUCCCGUGCCAGUACCUGCACAACGCGGGCAACGAUGCUGUGUACACUCUGCAGGCGAUGAUCGGCUUGGCGGCCAAGAAGCUAGAGGCCAGUCUUCAGAGGCGGAGGGACAAGACAGAGGGACACAUUCCGUAUGCCGAGUUCAAGCAGAAAGAGGGCUGGACCAGCGGCGAGGACACCGAUGGCGGCUAUGCGGUCGGCUUGCUCGAUGCCCAGCUAGGCUGGGGAAGUGAGUGA